AUGAAUUUUGGCGGGGAGGAGAAUGCUCCGCCGCGCGCUUCUUCUCCCUGCCUCGCCUGCGCGCCGCGGGACUUGGGGGCGCGGCUGACCUGCGGGCCUGGGGGCGGGGGCGUGGUGCGGCGCCCGAGGCUGAGCCGCUCCACGCCCCGCUACGCCACGUGGUGUCCGACUCCAGCAGCCCCGCCGGCUCCGAGAAGCGGCUGCUGGCUGCUGCGGGGAAGGAUGGUGCGGGGCUGGUGCGCGGGCUUGGCGUCGCCGGGCGCCCUCUGCCUGGGCGCUGCGCUUAGCGGGAUCCUCAGUUUCGGCCUCUUGGCUGUGGCCAUCGGCACCGACUACUGGUACCUGAUCCGUGUGGAGCCGCUGGGGCGCAACGGCAGCGCCUGGCAGGCGGAGCAGCUGAGUUCCCAUUCCGGACUGUGGCGGCUGUGCGAAGGAAGAAAUGCCUGCAUGCCUCUCAUUGAUCCAUUUGGCACCGAGAGCUGGCAGGUUCCGUCAUCUCUCCAGUAUCUUAUUUGCAUGCACCGGGCCUUUGUGGUCCUGCUGCCGCUCAGCCUCAUCUCGCUUGUCUUCAUUUGGAUCUGUGGCAUCAUCAGUUCGCUGGCCAGGAGCUCCCGGUUUCUGCUGUUUACAGGCUGCUAUUUCUUGCAGGGGGCAUUGCUGACACUGGCAGGGACCACCGUCUACAUCUGCUACUCCAGGGCUGCGUUCACAGAGACAGUGCGGAUGUUUGACCGGCAGCGCUUUGAGCACGUCCACAUUGCCUUCGGCUGGUCCUUGGCGCUCGCCUGGCUCUCCUUUGGCACCGAAGUAUUGGCUGGCAUCCUCCUUCUCCUGGCUGCCUGGGGACUUAGCCUGACCCCUGAUCCAUGUUCAGUAGUCAUCUGAUCCUCGGAGAGGGAGGUAGGGAAGGGGGGGGGAGUGCAGCAUUGCCAGGGCUUUGACACCAUCCUGCUCUUCACUAGUAUCCUCCUUGUGGUGCAUUCCAACAGCACACCCACCUCCUGUAACUGCAGCGGACACACCGAGUUCCAGAACCAGGGGAGGUGGCUGCAAAGCAGCAGGCUCUCCCUGUGGAUGCGCUAAACUGAGUGGGUGGAAGGGAAGGGGAGUCUCUGUUGACAGGCAAAGUGUGCCCAGCAGAAUACCAGAUGGGGCUUUGCUGAAGUCUUUCUUUCCUCAACUGCUGAUAUGUGGACUGAGCUCAAGGAGGCCAGAGGCCAAUGCUGUGCAACCUCCCCCACAACCUCUGGCACCAUCUGUGGCCCCUUUGGCUUGCCCCCUUGAUAUGUGCAGUUAAUAUUCAUUCUCUGCCAAGCUUGCCCUUGUGUCUGUCCUCCUUGAUGCAUCUGGGAACUUUUUAAAUAAAAUGCUCCAGUAAGACCCACCGUUUUCACGCCAGUUCCUUUCAAACAGGG